UUUCAGGUGGAAUUGGGGAUUUUUUGGUCCAAAAUUUUUUUUUUACCCCUAAAGAUGUCCCCCCUCAUUUCGGGGUCCUUCCCUAAAAAGAGCUGCCCCCCCUCCCCCCAAAUUUGGGGACUUUUUCUCACCCCAAAAUUUGCGACAUCCUCCCAAUUUUGGGUUCUUUUCGCUCAGAAUUGGGGUCUCUCCCUCCCCAAUUCCCCCUCCCCAAAAUUCGGGGUCUUCACCCUCAAAUUCGGGGUCCCCCCACCCCAUUCCCCCCCUCCAAAAUUUGGGUUUUUUCUCCUCCCCCGAAUUUGGGGAGCUCCCCUGUCUGCGCAUGCGCAGCGGCUGUGAGUCUUUGCACGGGGGCGUGGCCAGCGCGGGACACGGGGCGUGGUCAGCGCGCACCCAAAUAAGGGCAUGGGCGUGGCCACGCGUAGCAGACGUGACUCGGAACGGGCGGUGGGCGUGGUCUGGAUGAGAAAGGGGCGUGGUUUGUGCGGAAAGAGGCGUGGUCAGGGGUGGGCGUGGCCGCGCGAAGAUGGCAGCGCUGAGCGGGGACGCGCUGGGGCUGGAGCGGGGAAACCCCAAAACCGACCUGGGAACUCCAGAAAUCACCGUGGGAACCCCAAAAUCCUCCGGGUCCCCCCAGUUUCCUCCCGGAGCCCCCCCAAAUCUCUGCAGCUGCCCAUUGGGGGGUCCGGGGGGGCUGCCCGGGGGUUUUGGGGUCCCCCCAACCCCGGGGUCCCCCCAGGUCUACGAGCAGCUCUACGACACCUUGGACAUCGCAGGGAGCCCCGAAAUCCGCGCCCACGCCACGGCCAAGGUCACGGUGGCGGCCUUCGCGGCCAGCGAGGGCCACGCCCACCCGCGGGUGGUGGAGCUGCCCAAGACCGAGGAGGGUUUGGGCUUCAACAUCAUGGGGGGCAAGGAGCAGAACUCGCCCAUCUACAUCUCGCGCGUCAUCCCGGGCGGCGUGGCCGACCGCCACGGGGGGCUCAAGCGGGGGGACCAGCUGCUCAGCGUCAACGGGGUGAGCGUGGAGGGGGAGCAGCACGAGCGCGCGGUGGAGCUGCUGAAGGCGGCGCAGGGCUCGGUGAAGCUCGUGGUGCGUUACACGCCGCGCGUGCUCGAGGAGAUGGAGGCGCGCUUCGAGAAGCUCCGCACGGCGCGGCGCCGGCAGCACAACAGCUACUCGUCGCUGGAAUCGAGGGGGUAGAACCCCCCAGGACCCCCCAAACUCACCUGGGACCCCCCGGGACCCCCCUGGGACCCCCUGCGAGCCCCCAAAGUCCCCUGGGCCCCCCCGGGACCCCCUGGGAUCCCCCCAGGACUCCCCAAAAUCACCUGGA